GAAUCUUCGAUCUGAUUUGAGAUGUGUUGUGGUAUUACCUAAGCCUUUCAGAGCUCCAGUUGCUUAAAUAGAAGUUCGAUCCCGCAUGACUUUAUUCAAUUCAAAAAAGCCCAUCAAGAUGCGUCGUUUUGUGUGUCUUUUCGUUCUCUCCCAAGUGUUUUUAGAUAACGUUGCCGCUCAAAUUCACUGUUCACCAAUAGACUUCGCAUCUUCUGACGAUAUUCCAGAAUGUACGUUUGGAUGUUAUUGUGUCAGAGGAAGGGUUAGUCUGUACGGUUGGUUUAGGUCUAAUACUGUCUGUCGUUAUCCUGAAUGUGAUGGUGUCGUAGAAUGUGCACAUCCCACAAUAUCAUGUGGAUGUCCAAUUUGCGAUGGACGCCAAGAUUGUGUUGUUAUAGAUGGUAAUGGUCAAGAAGUCACAAUCGAUGCAGGACAACCACAACAAGUAGGAUGUGCCAUCUGCGAGUGUAAUCCGGCAGACCCGGCCGUGCCGUUCCCCGAAUCGCCUGACGGAAGUAUCUCGACUCAACAGAGAAGGUGUGUCAGGAACUCAAUAAUACCUUUAUCUGAUAUAUAA